AUGACCAAGUCAAAUGACGUCGAGGCACCAUCUACCGAGCAGCAUGAGCACUCGGAGAACAAGUGGCAGGCUAUUGCCGCGGAAGCAAAGGCCGUGGAAGACGCAAAAACAUUCCACGAAUUAGCUCCGGAUAUUCCACUGCGAGAGGUUUUGGAAAGUCAUGCGGACGAGGACAAGAAGCGCGUGAGGAGAAUCAUGAGGAAAGUUGAUUUCAGGCUGGUCUCCAUCCUUGCCUUGGUAUACAUCUGGGCUUUCAUCGAUCGAAGCAAUCUCGGCAAUGCGAAUAUUGCUGGAAUGAGUGAGGACCUCCAAACCCAAGUCAGCAACCGCUAUUCCGUCUUGACCAUGAUAUUUUUCGUUGGCUACAUCCUCGCCGAUUUGCCCGCAGCCUACCUGACACGAAAGCUUGGUCCUGCCCUGUGGAUUGGCUCCAUAACGCUCGCAUGGGGCGCAAUCACGAUCGGACAAGGCUUUGUGAAGACCUGGGGUGAAUUGGCUCUCUGCAGAAUUCUCCUUGGUAUCAUGGAGGGGGGCCUCAUUCCCGGAGUGCUAUACCUGUUGUCAUGCUGGUACACCAGAUAUGAGACUGGUGUUCGGAUUGCCGCCUUCUAUGUGAUUGGCAUCAUGUCCAGUGGACUGUCGGGACUGCUGGCGUAUGGCUUGGAGAAGAUGGAAGGCACCUCUGGGAUUCGGGGAUGGUCCUGGAUCUUUAUCAUCGAAGGUGUAGCCACUUGCGCCGUGGCCAUUGGUUCUUUCUUCUUGAUUGUGGACUUUCCAGAACGGUCUGCUCAAAAGAAUUCUCUCGGACUCCCGGCCUUUUUGACUCCUGAAGAGGCUGCCAUUGUCCUUGCUCGCAUUGAACAUGACCGUGGCGACGCGGUGCACGACACUUUGACGUUUAAACUCUUCCUCGAAUAUAUCAAAGACUGGAAAUUGUGGGAGUUCAGCUCUUAUUUGAUACUUAAUAGCACUGCAUUAUACGCCUUCGCCUACUUUCUUCCAGUCAUCUUGAAGGCCGGAUUUGGGUACUCAACCGCAAAGGCACAAGUUAUGACGUUCCCACCUUAUCUUGUGGGAGGCGUGUGGAUGAUUAUCUGUUCCCGUGCCGGGGACAUGCUUCGACAACGAGGUCCUCUACUCUGUCUCAAUUGUGUUCUUUACAUCAUUGGCAUCACGCUCGUCGCCUGGUCAAGUAACACCAAUGCUCGCUAUGCGGGCGUCUUCAUCGGCGUCAUGGGUAUUGUGGGCAACGUACCCCAACAGUGGGCCUACGCUCUCAACAACCUCGUCGGACAGGUCAAAAAGGCACUCUGUCUGAUCAUGAUGACAAUAGGAGGCGCGAUUUCAGGCAUCAUCGCCGGAAACGUUUUCCGAUCCCAAGACUCGCCGGGCUAUCGACCAGGGGUCUGGGUCAGUAUCGUUUUCAACAUCGUAUAUUUCUUGCUGGUCGCGAAGAACAUUGUCUAUUUUUCACGCCAAAACAGGCGAGUUGACCGAGGCGAGAUUGUGAUUAUGGGCCAGCCAGGAUUCAAGUAUACCCUCUAG